GUUACAUUGUUGCCUAAGUACGUAGUCUGUGGUACAUCGGACUGCGCAACCGCACACUUCCGUAAAAAGAAAUGGUCAAACUAUGUUGAUGUACCCGCAAAAGCCUUAAAAAAUUUGAAGUAGUAAAUUUCUAGGGUAGUAUGCCAGAAAAAUUGAAAUUUAUUUGUCUCCCAACAUUAGAGGAUGGUAUCCCCUGCAAGCAAAUCAUCAGUAGUAAAAAGAAAGCGGCUCAUCCAAAACCAGAUAAAUUUCGCGAAAGCCUUUACAAACAAUUUCAACCACCGAACACAAAUCUUGAAAUUAGGAGAAAGAUGCCGUUUGGAGUUCGAUCGACAAUCCGUCUACAUGAUGCCGAAUCGUUGAUGGUACGUUUAACACCAAAAACUCCCUCGGAAAGUGAUGAUAGAUGCAGUAUUUCCUCUCUUUCUACAGAAAGCAUACGAAUUGCACACCAGUUAAUAGCCCGCAUUUGCCGCAAUGCUUCGAGCACAUUGGACAACGCCGGAGUUUGCGCAACUCUGCAACCUGAAACAAAGUACCCACAAUUGUUACGUGACUGCCAGGACACCAGCCAAAAGUUUCUGAAAGAGAAUCACGCACCGGUGUGUAAAAGCUACGCUCCAUCAUUCGGGAGUCGUAUCCAGAGCUUGGAGAAAAAAGCUCAUUCACGUUGGCUAACAAAAUUCCAACAGGAUGCGCAAUUUCGAGAAAUGCAGAAGGCGGUUAACCACAUUGUUAGGCAAGAGGGUAAGGCCAGAGUGACAGCGGCGCCUUCCGAGGAUGGAAUGUUACAACAGGCGCAAUGGUUAUUGAGGAAGCUGGAAGUGAUGCAUCCCCUCAGCCAAAAACCCGGCAAGCGCGCCAGAAAGAGAGCAAACAGGAUUGUAAGCCAACGAACGAACGAACAAGCUCAGAAUCAAACACAUUCGAAUACAGCAGCUUCUGGCUCGUCUUCACAGAAAAACCUUCAAAACGGUGCGCCUGAGACGGAGAAUGAGCGGAAACAGUGCGAAAACGCUGGUGAAAUGGGACAUUUCGGAAUUUGUAAGGGUUGUGAUGAAGACGCUCCACGACCGCCCAGCCCAGAAAAUGUUUUUUCUGAGAAGACGCAAACGGACAAGCGUUCUCGUGACCUACUGGAAGAGACGGAAAGUCGCCUGUAUGAUGAUCACGAAACUGCGUUAUUUACGACCGUGGUACCGUUGCACAAUCGUGCCAGCACUUCCAACCAUCAUUUUCGGAACGGCAAGCAUUUUCUGCUGGAUUCGUAUUUGACGGAAGCUCUGCAGCCGGCUUACAAAAAGCGAAUUUCAGUUGAUGCCUCACAGAGAGCAGCCACUCUCUUUAAUGCUAAGAUAGCCAAAAAAGACUCUCUGGUUGUGCAGUACAAAUCCUUUAUAAAAUCUCGUGAUCGAGCCAGGCUCCAGGAGAUAGAGGGAAGAAGCGACGAGGUCACUUACAUGGCACCCGAUCGAGCACCAAGUUUGCGCUUGCUAAUACCCAAGCUGUCCAUUGAUGGGAAGGUUACGCCGAUAAUGUGGGAGAGCAAGCCUUCCAAAGCAAAGACUAUUGACGAAAUGGUCAAGGAAGCCCUGGAGAAAAACGUGGAGCCACCCGAAACUACUGACUGGGUGUUUGAUCAAGAUUUUGCGGACAACUCAGUGGAUAAUGUUCCAUCGGUAGCAUCAACUGCGGUUAACAACACAACUGCUGAUAAUGACACAUCAAGUGCUGAUAACGAAACUUUGGCGGAAGAAAUUAGAAAGGAGUCUGAAAAACUGGACAAUCGGGGCGAGGGACCGAACCCUUUGCAACCCGAAACAAAAAGGGUCUCUCAGGCACCAAAUUCUCAGGUGCUAACCCAAUCAGAAGUAUUGUUCACCAAUUCGAAACCGUCUAGUCCAGUGCAAUUAGGAAGAACAGCGGCUGACACGGCGACAAGCAGGAUUUCUCUUAACAAGCCACUCGACAUUUCGCCCUCUGCUUUACAAAACGGCACGGCCUCACCAGCGCAAACCAUCCCAUUUUCCGGUGCUUCACCAUCAGUCUUUAUUGAGGCGCCCGAUACAGAUACGCUUUCGCAAAAGCCCCCAGGUUCUCAUUCCACGGGAAGCACUAAUUUUCCGCUUCCUCCGGAUUUUCAAUCGCUGACAGAAGAGCCUGCGUCGACCAUGUCGAUAGGUGCUUCUCAGAGCGAUUCGCACAAGAAGUCACUGGAAGCAAAUCCAGAAGAAAUUACUCUUGAGAUUCUAAAUAUUCCAAAGUUUCUUCAACCUAAUAACGAUGAUUUCGUGUCGGAGGACUUCUUCUUUCAAACGAAGCAUGGUGUACGAUUUGUACUGCCGGGUAAUAAUGACAUUCACACCUACGAGCCGGUGAUUAUCGAAGGUACAGACGAGCCACACCGUGCCUCUAACGACAUGGAAUUAGUCGCUCAGGUCGAGAGAAAUAUUCAAGAAACGAAAGAACUGUCAAAUCAUCUUGAAAGCAUCAUACAAAAAUACGGUGGCGAUGCAUAUUCUUUGUUUUCUCCUACUCUUGGACGCGAAGGCCACAAAUUAGCGAAGACCCUAUCACCGCGAAGCUUGACGAAAAAAAUAAAGGGUUUCAUUAAGCGUAAACAAACAGCUGCUCAGCUUAUCAUGAGCCCUAAAGACGCUAGAUUUGACGGACGAUUAUCGCCAGACGGUAUACCGGUUACCUUCGUGCACCACCUGAAGAAUCACCAACACGUAAGGCAUAACGCCUUAGCGGACGCGGAAGAAGAUUCAUGGCUAGCUCCGUUAGACAGAGGACUGUUUGGUGACAUGUUCAAAAUGCCUAAAAAUAACGCAAACAACGCUAGAUCAAGUGGAAGCGACGGGAAUGUGCGUACAAAGCGACGCAUUGCUGUGACCAAACAUCCAUUGCCAGAAAACCGAUAUCGUUAAAUGGGAAUCUAAAGUGCUCGAAAUCGCUUUUUAAUCAGUCUCUGUAUCACUGAGUCGUCUUUUUGUCACUACUGUUCUUGUGUAUAAAUUCGAAUUUCGAAGUAAUUAUGCAGUCAAUGCGGGAGCACAGUGUAUACUUAAAUGGCAUACACGGUGUGUCCCUAGUUUAUGCCACAUCGUCCCUAGUU